AUGAAGACUCUGAUCAUUCCUCCCCCCAUGCUCCCACAGCCGUCCCCACGGAGGCUCCUAGGCGAGGAGGGUGGGGGUGCUCACUGGUGUCGUGCAGCAGGCGGCUACCCCAGUCAGCUACGCUCCCCCAUGUACCUGGCAGACCACCUGCUCAACCCCAGCUUCCAGCCUCCUCCUUACACACCACCACCCAUGCUGAGCCCCCUACGCCCAGGGACCGGCCUGUACUUCAGCACAGUGCCUUGGCUUCACCCCGGCCCUCCUCUGCCCAGCAGCUACACCGCCUCUUUGGAUGGAGCUGAUGGAAUCUCAUUGAUGAUGGACGACACAGUGGUCAACAUAGAGCCGAGAAUCAACGUGGGCCAACGUUUCCAGGCUGAGAUCCCACCCAUUCGUAACCUGCUUCUAAUGCUAUAUGAUGAGCACCCUGCUCAGCUUGUCUGGGCUCCAUGGGGAGACAUAUCCAGCAAUGUGGAAACACAAAAAGGGGUGACUAAACUGAUAGACUUGUGCUGUUCCAGCGUGCUGCCAGGAGGGGGCACCAACACAGAGCUGGCCCUCCACUGUCUGCAUGAGGUGCAGGGAGACAUUCUGGCUGCACUUGAUUUACUGUUAGUCAGGGGAGACUUCCGUUCCUCAACACACCCUUUGUGUGACUAUCACUACCCAGGUUCAGAUGAUUGGAGUCCUCAAGAGAAGAAACUAUUUCGUAAAGCGCUGCUCACACAUGAGAAGGACUUCCAGCUUAUUCACAGUGUGUUACAGACUAAGUCCGUGACGCAGUGUGUGGAGUACUACUAUGCAAUGAAGAAGCUCAAGAAGUUCAAGCAACGCAGUCGAGGAUCAGACAAAAAGGAAGCAGUUGGUGAAGAGCUUCAGAUGGAGUCACCUGGCUGUUGUGAGGACAACCAUGUGGGACGGAGAGUGCCCAGGAGGACACUUACUAAACCAGGGAACGGGACUAAAGGGGUACAGGAGGAGCAGACUACCACAGGAGGUGCUUUGGAGUACAUCUGUCGAGAGUGUGGGCGGGUAUUUGACAAGGUGAAGAGUCGUAGUGCUCAUAUGAAAACCCACCGGCAGCAGGAGAGGGAGUGGCUGACCAGGUAUGUCUGGCCUAUGGGCUGCCCUGCAGACAACCCUCAUCAAGGAGAUCCCGGCCAGGACUCUGCCAAGGUGCCUUUACUCUACUGUACGAGAGGAAUCCUCUAUAGUACAUAGUGGUGAGCACAGGACUGUUUCAGUUACCGGCAAGUCAAGUAUAUGUCGAAAUCUUACACAUGACCGAAAUUCACUCACUAUGAAUUCAUAUUGGCAGGUAUUUAUUGAAAAUCACUUUAAAAUAAUGUUUACCUAAAGAAAGCAACAACAAUUGACGUUUUCUUCUCUCCAAAAAACACACCCUACUUUACUUUAAGGUUUAGAACUUUAUGUGAUGUUGCAUUCAUGUUCCUGUCAUUCUCUGUUGUUGGACAACACGUUCUGUUAUUGUUGGUUCACAUUGUCCUAAAGUUUCUAAACAGCAUGCUCUUUUUAAGCAACCUGAAAUCCUUGCUAAAAUAUCCUGUGGUUUUAAUUACAUUUGUAUCAAUAUGAAAGCCAAAGUUUCCCUGGUAUGCUCAAUUGAAUAAUCCAUUGUAAAAUAAUUCAGUUAUUAUAUGAGUUAUUACUCUUUGUAAACAACGACAAGACAUUGACAAUUGGUCAUAAAAAAUGCAUAUGAAUCAGGGUUAGAUUCUGGGCAGCUGAGAACAGAGAGUGUAUUUACUGAACUGUGGCCCGCUCCUCACAAACAGUUUUGGCCUGAGUUUAACACUUCUGGAUUGUGUUAUGUUCUUCAAGUUAAAAUUCUUGAUGAACAAUCCACUAGUUCACUAGUUCAGAAAGAGUAUGGGCUUUACCUGACUGGCAUGUCCACUAUGUGAGAGUGUUGAUGAAAGUUAAACUUGUUGUCUCACUCAGGUGUUGUUUUAAAAUAAAUGUGUUUG